AUGGCCGGCGGCAAAAGGAAGAGCCAGAAAUGUAAUCAGCAGCAAUCACAACAGACUUCGCGAUUCUUCACUAUAGCAGGAGAGCUACGCAACAAGAUCUAUGGAGCCUUGUACGCUCCACCAUUAAGUCUGGUCUGCCGUCAGAUCAGAGACGAGUACGAGGGUAUCUACGAAGCUGCAGCCCUCAACGACCCCACCACCUACCACAUUCACAGUUCCAAUUUCGUCUGCAAAGGUGCAGUCAUCGAGCAGCCCGGGCAGAAGCAGAGGCGUGGGCUCAGACUGAUCCCGCCAAUACUAAUUGAAAACAGUCAGCGUCCCAUCAUCCACCAUGUACACCUUGCGAACAUGUUUGACAAGCAUCGAGCUGAGAUGCGACAAGUCAUCGAAGGCACGUUUCUAGAGCCCAGUGGCAUCUCGCAUCUUCCUCGACCAAUGCCGCAUAGGGUCGUUGUGCAAUGGGAACACGAAGAGCUUUGA